CGCUCUGCGUGCACGCGGCAAAGGGUGAAAGGUCGAGGGGCGGUGCGGAGGUGUGACGUCAAAAUGGCCGCUCUGUUGUCCUUGCUGUUUCGUGCUCGAGGAGGCCUGUUGACGUCACUUCAGCCUCUUGCCAUCCCAGCAAGGUGUGCAUCAAAAAAGUCUGGUGGCAGCUCUAAGAACCAUGGGGGGAAAAGUCCUGGCAAACGAUAUGGAUUCAAAAAAUGUGACGGUAACUUUGUUCACGCUGGCAACAUCUUAGCGACACAGCGUCUGCUGCGCUGGCACCCAGGAGCUAACGUUGGAAUGGGCCGGAACAACACUUUGUAUGCCUUGGAAGAUGGAAUCGUUCGAUACACCAAAGAAGUCUACGUCCCCCCGCCUCGCAGCUCGGAGGUCUUCAAGGUGAUUUGCAGGUUACCCCGAGGGGCUUUGCUCUACAAGACGUUCGUCAGUGUCGUCCCAAACCCCCAACAUGGCCGCUUCACACUGGUGGAGAUGCAGUAGGAAUGGGCUCGGCGGCUGAAGAACCUGCACAGACCACUUUCCGCGUGGAUUGGGAGCAGCGCGCGGACUUUUUGACGGCGGAGGUAACCGUGUAUUUGGGCGUGCCUGGAGAACGGCGACUUCUCUGUCAAUGCUGGCAGCGCCACGUGCACCCCGUAUGUUUGAAUCCCUACGUGAACCGAGUCGAUCAAUAAAAGCCGUGACGUCCCAAAGA